AUGGAGUCAAAUACAGUACCCUCCGGCAAGCAAUUGCUCCAGAAGAUUGACUGGAAGUACGUUCGGCAUCAUCAUGUGCGUGUUAACCUCUCCGGCAGCCAGUACUCCUGUCUGAUCUGGGGCAUCAUCCUCGCAUGCCACGCAGCGACACACAGCUUUGCCGGGAUCAUGGCAACGCGGUUUCUCCUCGGAGCCGCAGAGGCAGCCGUCUCGCCCGGGUUCAGUCUCAUCACCGGCAUGUGGUAUCUCCGCGAAGAGCAGCCUCUGCGUCACGGGCUGUGGUUCGCGGGCAACUCGGUUGCGACGGCGUUUGGGGGCCUCAUUGCGUACGGUGUGGCCCAUAUUCGCAACUCCAUUGCCGCGUGGAAGUGGCUAUUCAUCAUCUACGGCCUCAUCACGGGCGUGUGGGCGGUCGUCCUGGGAUUCUUCCUCCCGGAUUCUCCGACGACUGCGCGGUUUUUGAAGGAAGCGGAGCGUAUGGCGGCCGUCGAGCGAGUCCGUGUCAAUCAAACUGGGGUGAAGAACAACAAGAUCCAGUGGAAUCAAGUGUGGGAGGCUCUCUCUGAUUACAAGAUCUGGAUUCUGUUCUUCUUCCAGGUCGCUAACUGCAUCCCGAAUGGCGGUCUGACCACAUUUACCUCUCUUGUUAUGGCUGGCUUUGGAUUUUCGACCCUGGAAGUCUAUCUCCUUUCCAUGCCCAUGGGUGCGGUUCACGGGAUUUUUAGUAUUGGGAGACUCAUCGGCUGCAUCCUCGUCUACGCAAUCGACAACCAAGGAGCCCAACUAUUUGGUAUCUUCAUCUUCGUGGCGUUCGCCGCCGGACUGCCGCUAAGCAUGUCCCUGGUCUCGUCGAAUGUGGCGGGCUUCACCAAAAAGGCCACCGUCAGCUCGAUGAUGUUCAUUGCUUACUGUGUAGGGAACAUCAUCGGACCGUUCUUGUUCUUUGAGCACGAAGCGCCUAAAUACCAGAGCGGAUUCCUGUCCAUUAUGGUGUGCUUUGCAGUGGCUGUCGUGCUCAUCGCAUCCCUCGGGUUGAGUUGGCGAUGGGAGAAUGCGCGAAGGGACCGGAUAUACGGGCCUCCCGCUGUAGUCGAGGCGCAUCCAGAAACCGAAAAGGGAGAGCCAGCAGUGAUCCAGGACUGUACAGACCACGAGAAUCAUAAUUUUCGCUAUGUUUAUUAG